UUGUCUUGUAAUUCUCAACCGGAAAAACAAAAGAAGAAGAAGAAGAAGAAGAAGAAGAAGAAGAAGAAGAAGGAAAAAAAAAAGACGCCGGGCAACUUUGGGAAAUGGGAAGCAUUAUAAAAUAUUUCAACUGUCGUCAAACCGGAGCCAAAUCGGGAGUGGCGAUCACAAGAUCUGCGGAACAGUGAAAACAACAAGCCAACUACUGCAGAACUACCGCGUCUCAACAACAUCUACUGCGAGCGACCCAUCAUCAACUUCCCAAAGAUCAGUGGAGAACGACCCACCCGCUGACAUUUUACCCAAUCUUGAAGCAAACGCAUUCCCUCUUCUGUUUCGUCCUCUAUAUCACGGGGAGGUGUUGGAUCUUUGCCCUACUAGGGUUUCUUUUUUUAUCUCCUUGUCUUAUCCCGGAUGUGCUAGGCUCUCGUUUCUGCAUCGGAUUGCGCUUGUGCGUGCACGGCUUUGCUGGGAUCUCUAAUGGAGGAUUCGCAGGGAAUCAAUCCCGGCCUGGUUUCAUUUUUGCUGGGCGUGAUUCCAAUUUUUGUUGCGUGGGUAUAUUCAGAGUUUCUAGAGUAUCAGAAGUCUCCACCUCCUUCUAAAGUUCAUUCAGACAAUAAUCUUGUUGAAUUGGGUGAGGUGAAAGGUGAUAAAAUUAAAGAUGAUGAGGCUGCUCUGCUGGAAGGAGGCCUUACAAGAUCAGUCUCUGCAAAGUUGCAUAGUUCAUCAAUUAAGACAAACUUAAUCAGGUUUUUGACGUUGGAUGAGUCUUUCCUGUUGGAAAAUCGAGCUACCUUGAGAGCAAUGUCCGAAUUUGGGGCGAUCCUUGUGUAUUUCUACAUAUGCGACCGAACAAAUAUACUAGGAGAUUCUAAGAAGAAUUACAAUCGGGAUCUCUUCCUCUUUCUCUACGUCCUUCUCAUCAUAGUUUCUGCAAUGACUUCUUUGAAGAAACACAAUGAUAAAUCAGCAUUCUCUGGAAAGGCAAUACUUUACCUAAAUCGGCACCAAACAGAGGAAUGGAAAGGGUGGAUGCAGGUUCUAUUUUUAAUGUACCAUUAUUUUGCUGCAACGGAAAUUUAUAAUGCAAUACGGGUAUUUAUUGCUGCUUAUGUGUGGAUGACUGGGUUUGGCAACUUCUCCUAUUAUUAUAUUAGAAAGGAUUUUAGCUUAGCACGCUUUGCUCAGAUGAUGUGGCGGCUAAAUUUCUUUGUCGCAUUUUGCUGUUUUGUUCUUAAUAAUGACUACAUGUUGUACUACAUCUGUCCAAUGCAUACACUCUUUACUCUCAUGGUGUAUGGAGCUCUUGGAAUCUUUAACAAAUACAAUGAGAUAAGAUCAGUGAUGAUUGCGAAGAUUCUUGCUUGCUUCCUUGUGGUUAUUGCAAUUUGGGAAAUUCCUGGAGUUUUUGACAUACUCUGGAGUCCAUUCACACUCCUGUUAGGGUAUACCGAUCCUGCAAAACCUGAUCUUCCCAAACUGCAUGAAUGGCAUUUUAGGUCUGGUCUGGAUCGCUAUAUAUGGAUCAUCGGCAUGAUAUAUGCAUACUAUCACCCCAAUGUUGAAAAAUGGAUGGAGAAAUUGGAGGAAGCUGAAACAAAGAAGAGAAUUUCGAUCAAGACAACUAUUGUUACGGUUUCUGUAAUAGCUGGUUAUAUGUGGUAUGAGUACAUUUACAAGCUGGACAAGGUGACUUAUAAUAAAUUCCAUCCCUACACAUCAUGGAUUCCCAUAACUGUCUACAUUUGCUUGCGAAACUUUACUCAGCAAUUGCGAAGCUACUCUUUGACCCUCUUUGCGUGGCUUGGAAAGAUAACAUUGGAGACGUAUAUUUCACAGUUCCAUAUAUGGUUGAGAUCGAAUGUGCCUAAUGGACAGCCAAAGUGGCUUCUCUCAAUCAUUCCAGACUUCCCGAUGCUCAACUUCAUGCUAACAACUGCCAUCUAUGUCAUAGUCUCCCUCCGGAUUUUUGAGCUAACCAAUACACUUAAGACAACUUUUGUACCUACAAAAGAUAACAGACGGUUGUUGCAUAAUUUCCUUGCUGGAUCUGCAAUUUCUGUAUGUUUAUAUUGCACCUCGCUGAUUCUUCUCCUGAUCCCUCAUUAAAUGGCAAAGUAGUGAAGACUGAAGAGACGUUACAUAGAAAUUAUUUUGAAUUUUUGCUUUUCGACCAGAAGGGAAGACUUUUGUUGGAGGGAGGGGGAUUGCAGAUAGAUAGAUCAUGAGAAGAAGUGUGGUAGGUUGGGUGAGAAUAAAAAUUCUCAGCUGGAUGAGUUUAGUAGUUGCCAAUUGUGUCUCCCUUGAAGAAGUUUUACAGGAAAAAAGGAAAAGGAAAGAAUUUUUGUAAUAUUGUCAUCAUGUAUCACUUCAUUCUUUUGUUAUCAGCUCAUUGAAGAAAAUGACGAUUCUUGUGCAUAGAUGUGUUGUCUCAGGAUCAACUCGACUUCUAUUAUUUCUAAUGCAUUCAUCAUUUGCACUUA